AUGUCAGCCAGCACCGGCGCGCGUCGACUGAAUGGCAGUGUGAGAGGUUCAAACAGUCACAAUCAGAAUCAACGGCGCCCAGUCGCCCAUUUCGAUAUACAAAACGGGCUGCCAGACCGCUCCCGGGUGAAUGGUACUAGCAACGGCAUUGACCCAGACUCUCUUGACCAUUCCUCCGACAGCAGCAUCUCCUCCUCCUCCCACACUCAAAACGGCACGAACUCACGACCACCCAACAUGUCUCGCAAGGCUUCCUCGCCAAUGGCACCCGCCUUUAUGGUGUCUGCGCCGGGCAAGGUCAUUGUGUUUGGAGAACAUGCCGUCGUGCACGGCAAGGCUGCCUUGGCCGCUGCCAUCUCCCUCCGCUCCUACCUCCUCGUCACGACCCUCUCCAAAUCCCAGCGCACUGUCACCUUGAAUUUCCGCGACCUAGGACUCAGUCAUACCUGGAACAUUGACUCUCUGCCCUGGGACGUGUUCCAGCAGCCGUCCAAGAAGAAGUUCUACUACGACCUCGUCACCGAACUCGACCCCGAGCUGGUCGAGGCAAUCCAACCCCACGUGGGUGUCGUCUCCAAGCACCUCCCUGAAGACCAGCGCAAAAUCCAUAUCCGCUCCGCCUCGUCCUUCCUCUACCUCUUCCUCUCCCUGGGCUCCCCGCAAAGCCCAGGCGCCAUCUACACCCUCCGCUCCACUAUCCCAACGGGGGCCGGUCUGGGCAGCAGCGCCAGUGUCUGCGUCUGUGUGAGCGCCGCGCUCCUCCUUCAGAUUCGCACUCUCUCAGGCCCGCACCCGGACCAGCCGAACGAGGAGGCCGAGACUCAGAUUGAGCGCAUCAAUCGCUGGGCUUUUGUCGGCGAGCUGUGCAUUCAUGGAAACCCCAGUGGAGUGGACAACACCGUGUCCGCGGGCGGUAAGGCCUUGAUCUUCAAGCGCGAAGACUACACCAAGCCGCCGACAGUGAUCUCACUCCCUCGUUUCCCGGAAUUGCCCCUUCUUCUGGUCGACACGCGCCAAUCGCGCUCUACCCUGACCGAGGUCGCCAAGGUGGGCGAGCUGAAGAAGGCUCAUCCCGUGGUGACUGAGUCCAUUCUCGAGGCCAUCGACCAAGUAACCGGCUCUGCACAGCGUCUUCUUCAGUCUCCCGAUUUUGUGGGCGACUCGGAGGAGACCCUCGAGCACUUUGGCACAUUGAUCCGCAUCAACCAUGGUUUCCUCGUCUCCCUAGGCGUGUCGCACCCGCGCCUGGAACGUAUCCGUGAACUCGUCGACUAUGCCAAUAUCGGCUGGACCAAGUUGACUGGUGCCGGUGGUGGUGGCUGUGCAAUUACUCUCCUCCGACCGGAUGCCAAGCCUGAGGUUGUUCGCGAUCUGGAGCAGAAGCUUCACACCGAGGGCUUUAACAAGUAUGAGACUACCCUUGGCGGUGAUGGUGUUGGUGUGCUUUGGCCUGCUGUGCUGCGCAAUGGCUCCGAUGAGGAGGGUGGCGUGGAGAUUGAUCAGCAGAAAUUCGAGAAUGCCGAGGGAACUGAGGGCAUUGAGCAGCUCGUGGGUGUUGGAUACCAUGAGAAGCACGAGGGGUGGAAGUUCUGGAAGCGGGCUACGCAAUGA